CUGCCUACAGCUAAAAUAAAACUAGUUACAAAGGGCCCCACCCCUGCAACAACUUAAGGCACAGUUUAGAGCUAAUGUGUAUGCUCACACACAGACUACAGGAGCUAGAAACAAUUCCAAAGCGUGCGUGGAUGCUUACAACUCUGGCUUUCACAAGCAAAAGCGAAAACUCUUGUGAAGAAACUUAGAGGCUGAAGGGGUUAAAUGAAAUACAACUCUCCUUUUCCUGUGCAGUAAGGAUUAGUAACUAAACAGAAGCAGGAGAGGAGUGCUUAAGAGCCACUGUUUGAACCAGAAGAUAGAAAAGUGGUUUCUGGAGCUUGGCUGCGGCGUGGUGUAAGUGCCUCCAGCUUUUGCACUCACCUUUCACGGGUCACGCAGAAGGCAGAGAUGAAGAACUUGUUCCUUCUGCUCAUGCUAGCAAUGACCCCACCUUCUGUGUUUUCAGGCCUCCAGAUGAAACGGCAGGUUGAUGUCUGGGGGAGCUGGGGUGAAUGGGGCAGGUGCAGUCGGAGCUGUGGCGGUGGAGUCAGCUUUCGGCAACGGCGCUGCUAUUCCCAAGGGAAAGAAGGUGCUUCCAGUUGUGUUGGACCAACUCGAAGCUAUCAGUCAUGCAACGUUCAGAGCUGCCCAGAAGGCUCCCAGGAUUUCCGGGCAGAGCAAUGUGCAGAGUUCGAUGGGACAGAAUUCCAAGGAAAGAGAUACAAGUGGCUUCCAUAUUAUGGAGCGCCUAACAAGUGUGAGUUAAACUGUAUUCCUAAGGGAGAAAACUUCUACUACAGGCACAAGGAAGCAGUGGUAGAUGGGACUACCUGUGAACCUGGCAAGCGGGACGUCUGUGUAGAAGGAGCUUGUCAGGCCGUUGGCUGUGAUAACAUGCUGGAAUCUGCCAAGAAGGAGGACAAGUGCCUGCAGUGUGGAGGAGAUGGCAGCACCUGCUACAGUGUGAAGGGCACUUUUGAUGUGUCCAACCUCCCCAAAGGGUACAAUCAAAUCUUCAUCAUCCCUGUGGGAGCCACAAGCAUCCAAAUUAAGGAGAUUAUGCCCAGCAGGAACUUUCUGGCUGUCAAGAACGUGCAAGGGGAGUACUAUCUGAACGGGCACUGGACAAUUGAUUUCAGCCGAGCCCUGCACAUAGCUAGCACGGUUAUGCACUAUGACCGUGGCUCAGAGGGUGAUUUGGCCCCAGAGCUCCUCCAUGCCAGGGGGCCCACCACAGAACCCCUCAUCAUUGAGCUCAUCAGCCAGGAGCCAAACCCAGGAGUACAGUAUGAGUACUACCUGCCCAUACAAGGACAGGCCUCAGGUUACAGCUGGAGCUAUGGUUCCUGGAGUGAGUGCAGCUCUGAGUGUGGAGGAGGUUUCCAAUCCCGCUUAGUGUUUUGUACGAUAGACAAUGAAAUUUAUCCAGACUAUAUGUGCAGGAAUAAACCACAACCAGACAAUAACCGGACAUGUGGCCAUCAGGCUUGUCCCCAGACAAAACGGUGGAAAACGGGGGAGUGGGGAUCCUGCUCAGCUACCUGUGGUGGGGGCACCCAGACUCGCUCCGUUUACUGUGUGGCGUUCGACGGCCAGAGCUCCCAAGGGGUGGUGGAUAAUGCUGAGUGCAUGCCCUUCGCACAGCAGCCUCGCAGCAGUCAGCCCUGCAACAUGAGACAGUGUGCGACCUGGAGCACAGGGCCCUGGUCAGAGUGCUCAGCCAGCUGUGGGGAAGGGGUGCAGACCCGGACUGUCACUUGCAGAGCGCAGCAGGGCUCUCAGGCUCAGGACUUUGCUUGCCUAAUGGAACCAAAGCCAUCGGCCACCCAGCCCUGCCUUAAGGAGAACAGCAUCCAUGAAAUUGGCUGGCACAUUGGAGACUGGGGCCUGUGUUCGAAGAGCUGCAACUCGGGCAUCCGGACACGCCAGGUCAUCUGCGCUGACGGCGACUCCAAAUUCUACAGUCCUGAGACAUGCAAAGCCAUCCAGCCACAGAAACCAGCCACCCUGGGUAGCUGCAACAUGCAGCCCUGCUACCUGCCACAGCAAGUCCCAAGUAUGCAGGACACUAUGGGAUACGAUGUCACUCGCCAGUCCUUGCUGACACGUUAUAUUCCAAACAGCCCUGCCACAGAUUCUGGUGAUGAAAGGAUGCUCCCUGGGAGCUCCACAAUCCACAGUACCUCUGGGAAUCACCACGUCCCAUCCACCAAGGACCAUGGCAUCAACUUGUUUCCUGUUCGCUGGGAAUCCCAGUCACGCUCAUCAGGUUCCCACCAGCUCAGCUCCUCUCAGGACCCCACUGUAGGGACUGGUUCUCAAGACUGUCAUCGGAGCCCACACGGCUGCUGUCCAGAUGGGCACACUGCAGCUUCAGGCCCUCUGGGGAGAGGCUGCCCCUUCAGCACUUGUCACCGAAACAGGUAUGGAUGCUGUCCUGAUGGAGUAUCGGCUGCCCAGGGUCCUAACCACAUUGGAUGCCCACAAUACUACCGUGAUGUUCAAGUGAGCAGAAAUCAGCCCACUGCGGCUGCUCCAACAGCAAGCCAAGCCUUGUCCGAGCAGCACCGCUCAGGCGAGUGCCGCAGUUCCAUCUACGGCUGCUGUUUUGACAAUGUCGCUUCAGCUUCAGGUCCUCAAGGGGAAGGAUGUCUCAACAGGCCCAACUACCCGUAUCCUGUCAUAUGCCUGCUGCCCAGUGCCCACGGCCCCUGCGCGAACUGGACCACUCGCUGGUACUUUGUGACCGUCGUUGGCAAGUGCAACCGGUUUUGGUACGGCGGCUGUCACGGCAAUAAAAACAGCUUUGCCUCGGAGGAGGAGUGCAUGAGAGUGUGCCACAAUUCAGGGGGGGUCAGUCCUCUGGAGCACCAGCCCCUUUCUGGCACAGGAGCCCUGCAACGCCAGCACGUUGGCUCCCACUCUCCUACAGGGGAUGCUUGGGGUCAGCAGCAGCUGCCUCUGAGAGAGUCUGCAAGUCGCAGCCCACAGGGAAGAGCCUAUGGGGCUUCACACCCCACGCAGCACAGCCACAGACAGGGCCGCUGGAGAAGUGAGGUGCUGCCAGAGUCUUUGCCAAGGACUGGCGUGUUGGAUAGCCAGCGCCGGGGCACCCAGCGAAGCAGAUUGGACAGUCUGAGCCAGCUGCACCUGUGGGAAGCAGCAGUGCCUGGGCCCUCAGAGAGGCAGAGUAGCAGUGGCCAGCAGGUGCUGCCCCAAGAAGGCAAGCAGUGGCAUAAGGCUUUCGGAGCAGAUGUUUCCAUGACGGAGGGAUUGGGGCACCAGGUGUCUGCAGACUCAUUCCCAGCACGGGCUCUGCACAGAGCUAUCCUGGAGGAAGCCAAGCCCUCUCUUGUGACAGCGGUCAUGGGACAAAACGUCCAGCUGAUCUGCAAGACAGGCAUGUCCCCCUUCGCCAGAGUGGAGUGGGUGAAGGAUGGCCGACCGGUCUCCUCUGACAGGCACACCUACCAGUCCGACAGCUCCCUAGUGAUCAGCCACGUCAAGCUGGAGGACGCCGGGACUUACACGUGCCUCAUUUCUGAUGGGAGGACAGAGAGCCGAGAGAUUCAGUUACAGAUCAUAGAGUACCAGAGCCCUGUUCUGGCAGAGGGUGAGAGAGGUCGGGUCCUUCACAAGGAAAAUCAGCAGCAUCGAGAGCUAUCUAGAGGCAGGAAGGUUGUACAGGCAGCCGAUUCCUCUGUGCAUCAGCAAUUCGCAUACAGAUUGAGAAUGGAUAAGAGUGAGCCCUCGGUAGUGGAGGCCAACGUCGGGGACAGAGUCAGACUGCCCUGCACAGUGGAAGCAUCGCUGCCUCUCACCAUUGAGUGGCAGAAAGAUGGACAGCCUCUCUCCUCUCCCAGACACAGGCAGCAGUCAGACGGGGCCCUGGUGAUCAGCCGGGUCAGCUCUGAAGACGUCGGCUUCUUUACCUGUAUUGCCUCGAAUGGACAUGACCAGGACCAGCGACAGGUCCUGUUCCGACCUCUAGGAGAGCUGAGGAUCACUGGUCUCCUGCCAAGCAUCACGGUACCUGAGGGAGGGACUGCUCAGCUUCAUUGUACAGUGACUGGCAACAAUGUGAAUAUAAGGUGGUCAAGGAACGGAGUCCCCAUGCGGGCGGAUGGUCACCACAUCCACCUGUCCCAGGAUGGAAGCCUGAUCAUAAGCAACAUUCAAGAGGCUGAUGAGGGAUCCUACACGUGCAGCGCCUACAGCAGCAGCAACUCCGUCAGUGCUAGCACGGAGGUGAAAAUGCUGAGGAGCAGCCCUAGUACUACGGUGAAUCACGUUGUGGACCUGAGCAGAGAGUGUGUGGACCAGCCACACCUCGCCAACUGCGACCUGAUCCUGCAGGCCCAGCUCUGCAGUAACGAAUACUACUCCAGCUUCUGCUGUGCCAGCUGCUCUCGCUACCGACCGCGGGCCAGCCCUCCUCGUCACCAUGGGUGACAGACACUUCUGUGGCCACACGAACGUACAGGUGACCGGUUACAAGACUGGAAGUUUGAACUCUGUCCUUUUACUGCAUGGAACUGUUCUGCGAGCUCUGCCCUGAUGGAAGGCUCGAGAGGGGGAACUGAACAGAGGUAGUAGGUGUAACUGUUCGAAGGUGGGAGGCCCACCACCCUCAAGUUUAGUGCAAGCUUCUCUCUGCCCUCCCCAGCCCCGUAUGCCCUGCUAUAGUUAAUCCAUCUCUUCACUUAAGGAUAGUUGCUGUCAUUCACAGAACAAGAUGACCCUGGGAAUGUAAGGAUGCUGUGUCUUUAGAGAAGGCAGAUAACCAGCAUGAAAGAGGGAGAGACCAAUUCUUCAUACAAGCGUGAGAGAGAAGUGCUAUUAAAAUUGCCUCUGAAGUGUUUGAAGAUGGGCCCAAACUGACUUAACCAAGGCACUACUGAGCAAUGAACAUGUGUAAUCCUGGGGAGCACAAUCUGUCGAAAUGCAGAGGACUCUGGCCAUGAGAAACAGCUUGAUGCAUAUAAAAUGAGAGUUCAGGUCCUAUGAGAUUACUAGCUCUAGGGAUGCAGCUGUGACGUCACAUUACUGUAGCUGUUUUAUUCCCGUAGACCUUAGACAAAUUUCUAGCUGCAUUAUUUUGGUUUCUACGUGACUGUAGAUAGCUUUGGAGUGAAAUGCAGAAGCAAUGCUUCACAGAAAGCCUAAGACAAAAGGGAAGAACACUUCUAGCCCUUCCUGAAUGUUAGGGUUAAUUUAGAUGAAUAUACCUACACCGUUAUCUGUUCUGAGUUGCGGCAGUUGAAAUUUCACUCAAGGACGGCUCAGCAGAGGGGUUUUUUUCUGAGUCAGAACUGUGCUGUUGAAUGUGUUGCACAUGGGGCUUUGAAAGAGAAAUUUUCAGGCAUUAAGGGGGGAUAUGGGAGGAGAUAAGAUUAUGUAAUGAUUUGUUAAACCAAGAAAGGCCCUUGGGUGUCUUUGGUAUCUCAAAAUGGAAUUCUAAUGUCUGAGGAAAAGCAUUUUUUUACAGCUUCUACGGUAUUUUUGUACCCUACUAUCAGCCCUGACAGUCCCCCCGCUUCCUCAUUCCGAACUCCCUGCUGAGACUUGGAUGGGUUAAUCACAUCAAUUAGCGCCAUCAGCCAGUGAUUAUUUGCAUAGAUGUAGCUAUAAACUGGUAGACUGGUGUGUGUAGUGUUGGUGUUUUGGUUGGCUGGUGGAGGAUUGGCUUUUUUUUUUUUCUUCCCAACCCCUUCUCCUACUUCUUGUACUUUUAAGGCUUCUAAGGCAGGCAGCUAAGUCAUUCUCCUCUCCUUCAGUACAGACCCAGUACUCAGGGCAGCAGUAAUACAGAGCCGUAAAUCCCACCAGCUUGACAGCCUAAAGCUGGUUUGGAGUCUAAAUGUCUAAAUCCAGUAAAUCAGUUCAGCUGAACCUAAAAAUAAGACUUACUAUCUAAAUGAUUGCAUUCUCUUCAGCACAGGUAUGGCUUCAGGAGUGGAAACACUGCUUUAAGAGGUGAACAAACUGACAAGUCUAGAAGCAAUCCAAUACAGGAGUGUGAGGUGACAGUUACCAGCUGUUGAGGGGAGGGGGGGUGUGUGUCUUUCUGUGGUCUGAUAGAGGCUGUCUUUUCUAGCAAGCAAAGUUGUUUUUUAAGUUGCUUUAAUUUGAUUAGGGAAAAAAGUGUGUUGUCAUUCAUUGUAGGUGUUACAGGUUUGAGGUUGCCCUCAUUUAUAGUUAAGCCCAAUGUGAUGGUCCUGUGACCAUGUUGGGGGGUGGUGGUGGGGCUGGUGUGUAUAGGAUAGUUUCGUGUUUUAGUAUAUAAUGUGACUUUGCCUUUUGAGAGCAGGGAUUAAUCACAGACUGUGUAAAUGCCAGCCUUAGUGAAGGCCUCUCAGUUCACCUGUGGCAUGUUGCAUCAAAGGUAGUCAAGCUCUGUGGCCCUGCUCAGUCCAGUUAGACAUCAGUUGUGGUUGUAGCAGACCCUGUUGUCCCAGAGUAAGCAGUCAGUUCUGUAAUAGCCCUUCUACUGUGUCAGAGGCUAUAUUUAAAUAUUCUGUGUAGUCAGCUUUCAUUUAAGCCAUAGGGCUACGCCCAGUGUGGCCUGGGAGCACUGUAGCAGCCACCGCUAUGCUGAUGGGCAGGACUUUAACAUGGACUGUGCUUUGGUUAAGUGAGCAGUUAUGCUCUGCCCGCCUUUCAGCUGCAUAACCAUGGCAGGAAGGCUGGGACCUGAAGGCAUGCAGUUCCCUGCUUUACAUGUGUGUCAUCACUGUAAUAGUUAACUAAAGGUCUUUACAUUUCUUCCAUUUGGCAAGCCGAGCUUCCCCCUUGAUAUAGUGCCACUUAACCGCCUAACUGACUAGUUACGUUUUCAAUUUGAGAACCAAGAUGUUACUUUUCUUCCCUAAACAAUGGCUUGUAGGAAGGUCAUUUCCCCUUUAAUGUUACCUCCAGGGCAGGGGAAGGGUAUGGCUAUACUGGGCUAUUUUCAGCUGAGCUUUGGGCACUGCGGUGAAAGAUAUGGCGCUGAUAGGAAAGAAAGCCUGUAUAGCUUAUGCUAUUAUAAAUGUCUGCAAAUAUACUCUUAUUUUUUUGAAAGCAGAAAAAAGCAUUGGUACCAAUUCAAAUACCAUGGGCAAUGUUGGCUAUUAUUAUUCAUAUACUGAAAACAGGUAAGAAUCUGUAAAGACAAAAGCCCCAGUUUUCUAGACCAUAUCACUGUAAGACUUACUGUACUUGCCCAGAAAUGGAAACGGCUGGAAACCAGGGCCAAAGAAAGGCAGCAUUUCUUCCUCUUCAGGUUACAAAGUCUGACUUUUCCUUACGUCUAAAACUACGUGGUGCACAUAAGAAUGCAGUAAGAAACAGUCAUACUAAUAGGGUAGGUACCCGCUUACUGGGAGAACAGCACAGCAGUGAAAAAUACACUGGCUUUUCUUCUGGCUCUUGGGACCUUUCACUCCUUUUAGUAGUAGGGGAAAGAAAAAUCAAAGUGAGUUUUCCUUUUGGAAUGCUAGUGUCUCCAUAUUUGGCUGUAUGUAAAUAUUCAAUGUUAGAAAAUACAGUUAUGCAAACCCCAAAUCUGAUGGAAGGCUUCACUGAAACCAUUUCAGAGCUUUAAAUAGUUAUAGGUCACAAGAACAUUUGCAAGUUCAGUGUUAAAGUUCAAGGUAACCUAACAUGGUACACAAAAUGAGAGGCGACAAGCAGGGCUCAUCUAUGUUCACGUAAUAACACAGAAAAUACCCAGAAGGGCAAAUCCUGAAAACUGAAUGGUGGUGGGGGUGGGAGUGGGAGGGAAGGAAUAAAGCUUUCAGCGCCAGCACUUCUACCACCAACAUUUAUUUCUGUUAAAGCAGAUUAUAAAUCAUCAGUACAAAUAUAUAUAACUUACAUUUGCUUGUAAGGCCAAAGUUUAAAAGUAAAGUUAAAAUGAGAUGGUUUUCACAAAUCACCAGAGGCUGAACCUGGACCAGCUGCAGCUUUAACCACAAGGUUUCACAACUCGGGGGUGGAGGGCAGGGGAAACCCACAAACCAAAGUUAAAAACCUCUUAAGAGCUACUGACAGACAAACAUAAAAUGGUUUCCCAGGUACCCCCAGGCUGUAGAUAUGAUUACAGUAAGUUGUCACAGUAGUGUUAGAACCAAUAGAUUAAGACAAAGAAACUGCAGCAAUACAUGAAAGGAAAAAACCCAUACUAUAUAUAAUAUGUAGCUUGAUUUCGAUAAAAACCAGUAAAUUUCUCCCAUGGUUUUCAAACCAUUACAAUACUGUAAUUUUCUUUAUUUAAAACUACAAUAUAAUGACUUAUUGGUAGUGAUUGUUGUUGCAAUAUGCUACUUACAAUGGACAGAUACAAGACCAAGCUAGAGCCCCUUUUUCCACCCCCACCCCCCCCGAAAUACUUACAAUAAGAAUCAGCGAUAAAUCAAUCUUAUGUACAAUUUCUUACAUCCAACCCCCUUUUUUUAACCUUUGGCAAGAUUAAUUACAACUCAUACAGCUUUUAAUAUCUAACUAUUUAAAAUAUUCUAAAUGCAUAAAAAUAAAGAUUUUGCCUUUACUUUAUUCUUUACAUAUAAUAUUCACUUUGUUACUCAAAAUGGAAGCUCAACUUUUUUCCACAAACCUAGCUUAUGCUAAGCGGGUGACAAUCUCCCACCCAUAUCCAAGCACGCCCCCUUCCCCCCAUCCCAUUUUUUCCCUGAAGGGGAACAUCCAGGACUUGCAGGGCACCAGAAAGGAGGACACAAGUACAAAAUCUGCCUUCCUUUCUGUGAGAUAACUGAUGUUUCUGCAGAACAGGCUUCAGGACUGGGUGCCUGCCUUUGCUCUGUUUGAAUUCCAGCUUUCCAGGUGAGGAGGGAAUGCAGACUGGGGUAGCUCCAGGAUUUCUCUUAAGAACUGCACAUUAAAUUCUCUGUAUGUUUACAUCCUUCCCAUAA